AUGGAUGACUUGAAAAAUAAAAUCCAUGCUGUUUUACAGAGUUCAAAAGAUGGGGUACGAACUAUUGAUUUUAAAAAGGAAUACAGGAACCUAACAGGUGAAGAUAUUCUUUAUCAAAAAUUUGGCUUCAAGACCUUGGAAGAAUUUAUGAAAGGCAUUCCUGACACAGUAGAACGGAUUCAUGUACGUGGAGGUGAAGUCUACCGUGCUGUGUCCAAUGACAAAACAGCCCAUCUACAAAAACUCAUUGCUAAGCAGAAAUCAGCACCUGCUCGAAAGUCCAAACCUCCCCCUAGUCGCCGCCGUCCUCUGCAUGCCAACGAGAACCUUCCUUAUGCCGCCCAUACGCUGUCCUCAAUGCGGAGAAGCCAAGCGUUCCGACAUGAGGAUUACCACAGAAAGCCCAAGUACGAACAGGAUAUUUCAAAACGAUUUGAGAAUUUCCGUGUGACUGUGGACAGUGCAAGUGGUGGGCAGAGGACCACCAGCAGGAGUGACGUGAAGAGGUCCGUGGAGAUUAGGGAUACCGAUGCCAAUGCCAAUAAACUCGAUCUGAAGCCUGUGUCAGUUUCCCUCUCCAAGAACAACCGCAUGUUUCAAAAGGCUAUGAAAGAGGCCAUUUCAAGCAAUGAGCAACUUUCCCAUGUUCAGCCACCUCAUCAGUUUGAACUUCCACCACGUUUUCAAAAACGGCUAAAAUCUGGAGGCUCAGAUAUUGGGAUGAAAAGACCAAUGAGACUCAGCUCACCCAACUUAACUCGAGUUUUGACCCAAACUAAAAAGCACUUUUUGAUAUUUCACCUUUUGUAUUUUACAUACUUGUGUGUGCAUGUCUUCUUCCUCUCCCCCCUCUCUCUCUCUCUCCCCCCCUCUCUCUCUCCUUCCCCCUCUCUCUCUCCCCUCUCCUUCCCUCUCCUUCCCCUCUCUCUCCUUCCCCCUCUCUCCUUCCCCCCUCUCUCCCCCCCCUCUCUCCUUCCCCCUCUCUCCUUCCCCCUCUCUCCUUCCCCCUCUCUCCUUCCCCCCUCUCUCCCUCCUCUCCUUCCCCCCCUCUCCUCCCCCCCUCUCUCUCCUUCCCCUCUCUCUCUCUCCACCCUCUCUCUCUCCUUCCCCCUCUCUCUCCUUCCCCUCUCUCUCUCUCCUUCACCCCUCUCCUUCUCUCUCUCUCCCCCCUCUCUCCUUCACCCCCUCUCUCCUUCACCCCUCUCUCUCCUUCACCCCUCUCUCUCCCUUCUCUCUCUCUCCUUCACCCCCCUCUCUCUCUCCUUCACCCCUCUCUCUCCCCCUCUCUGCCCCUCCCUCCCUCCCUCUCUUUCAAAGCUGAAGUUACAAGAUGGAGAAACAUACAGAAGCUGUCUUUUGAAUUAUCUGGUUAAAAAGUCCCUUCCUGUAGCAUUCCAAACGCUGAGCAGUGGAAAUGGUUUCGAAAGCUCCAUCCAAGUCAAAGACCAAGUGUACAGAAGUGGGGCUUGCUUUGAGACUGAAUUAGAAGCUGAACAAGCUGCUGCAAAAACUGCCUGCACUGGACUUGGUCUUGACCCUUAUGCAACAGAAAGUAAUGUUAUUAUUGAUGAAGAGACAUUAAAACAUCGAGUCCAGCAGCUUGUACUUUCAAAUGGAUUAUGGAUGUCCAAAUUGGCCAUGGCGUACAAAAACAAAUUCCAAGAAGAUCCACCUGAUAACUUGGAGACUUUAAUCAAAUCCUGGAAAGAUACUUUUAAGUUUGAGAUGCCAAUAGUCAAUCGGGAAAUUGUCUAUCCUCUGAAACCAUCUGAAAUGUCUGAUCUUGCUACUUCGGCUAUGUCAUUCACAGGCAAGAAUGAAGUGGAGGUUUAUUAUGUUGAUUAUGGCAACACUGAGAAGAUUCCCAUUAAUCGGAUUACAAGACUCCCUGAAAGUGUGGUUAAAUAUCCGAGACAAGCUGUGUUUUGUGGAUUAUACGGCAUUGCUCCCCCAGAAGAUGAAAUUCAGUCUGACUUAUCAAGGAAAGAAUUUGGUUCUCUUGUUGGUCAAGAAAGAAAAUUGAAAGCAACCACCAUUUGUCUUGAUGAGAGCAAAACUUGCCAAGUGAUUCUUUUCAAUCCUGACUCGCCAAAUGUGUCAAUCAAUGAAUUAUUGGUCGACAAGGGGUUAGCUUUCUUGAAUCAUAUUCCAGAGAGUGAGCAAGAAGAGAAUGAACCAGAGAUUGAACCCCGCUCUCCAACAUCACCUCUUCCAUCCACAGUGGAUGUUGAGAGCCUGCGUGAUAGGCGGUUUGCAGGUGGUGCUCCCCUUACUCUUCCCGGUGAACGCUUUUGGGAUGUGUAUGUGUCCUUCCUGUCAUCAACCACUGACGUCAUCAUCCGUCUGGUUGGGGAAAAUUACUCUGAUGAGCUUGAAAAAUUAGAGAGUGAUAUUGAAAAAUGGUUCCCUGAUGCUCCAGAGGAAGCAAUCCGUGAAGGAGCUGUAUGUGCUGCCCAAGUUGAUGGCCUUUACCAUAGAGUCAAGGUACUUGGACUGAAAGGUAGCAGAAAUAAGGCAGAAUGUUUGUUCCUGGACCAUGGAGACUCUGAUGAAUUAUAUCUUGACCAGCUGCGAGUUUUAGAUCCUAAGUUGAAUUACCUCCCUUACCAGGCUAUUCCAUGUGUUCUAGCAGGAUUAGAACAAUACUCUGCUAAUAUUACUGCUAUUGAAAAAUUGUUUGAUAUGGCACUCGGAAAAACCUGUGUUGCUGAAGCUGUCACAAAAGAUAACAAGAUCUUCGCUGUUCUGUAUGAUACGAUGGGAGUAGAAGAUGUAAACAUUAAUGAUGUGGCUGCCAAAUGUGCUGCAGCCUCUGGCUCUGACCUGAUCAGCAGUUUGUUGACAGACGGCAACGAGACUGUGUCCAGCUCGUCCCUCUCACAAUUAUCUCUUACUUCUUCCACCACCUUGGAGACUGUCAUGAAGCAGUCAGACUCCAAGGAUUCUCUCACUACUACAUCGCCCACAGCUUCAUCCCCGAGCAGCUGCCCUCCACUGUGUCUCAAUCCAAAUUCUGCAGCUGCUUUCUCUGUACAGAACCUCACCAAUGGACGCACAAAAUUGAAAGCUGACCCUAACACACCUAGCAAAUUUCCAAUGUCCCCAACAAGCAGUUCGGGUGAGUUGUCUCCGGCUUCUACUGUCCCAGUCAGCCAGUCAGAGGAAAAACUGGCCCUGUCACCUGUGGGGAGUUCAGAAAAUGAUUCCAGUUCAAAAUGUGUGACCCCAUCAAAGAACACUGUGAUAGCAAAUUGUGAUACCAACUCCAGCCUGAAAACUGACCUCUGGUCAAAAGCUGAUUACAAUAAUCUUAAACCUCCAGAAACAUUUCAAGUGCCUUUGUUCCCCAGUGUUUUUUACGCAUUUGUCGAUUCAAUAUCUGACCCCAACAAUUUUGUGGUAAUCCCUUUUCAUUCCAAAAAUGAUAGAGACAGUCUUAUGAACAAAUUGUCAGACAAAAUGAAUGCACAGCCUGAGGUGACACUAAAUGAAAAUGACAUUGUUCUUGAGCAUCUGUAUGCUUGUUUCUCAGGGGAUAUUUGGUUCCGUGUGAUUCCAAAAGAAAUCCAAAAAGACACCGGUGAUGUGUUGGUUUUGUAUCCUGACUAUGGCCAAUUUAAUUUGAUAAAAAUUGAUGAUAUCCAACCUUUGCCCUUGGAAUUCUGGGAACUUCCUUACCAAGCCCUCAGAUGCAAGCUGCAUGGUAUUGUUCCUGCUGAGAAGCCCAUCUGGAGUGAAGCUGCUAAAUACAAAUUCCAUGAAAUCGCUCAGAACAAGCACUUUGCUUGCCUUGCUAAGAUGCCUGCAACUGAAAAUGAAAAUCUGUCAAUUAUUCUGAUUGACACUUCUGGUGAAGAUGACCUCUGCAUUGAUGAUGUUCUCAUAGCCUAUGGCUAUGCCAAACGCACAUUAACCUUGACGACAGAUGAAAAGUGA